CAAGCUUUAAAAGAGGAGCAGCGUGCUCUUUAUUAUUAUUUGGUUACCGUUCAAACUAAGACGCUAAACAUUUAGACAUUGAGUUUGAUCACACGCAGAACUAAAUCAUGCAAACUUAAGCCCAGUAAUACCAUUAUGACCAUAAAAGCUCAAAAGCCUAAAAGUCUAUGAGCUGAGCAAGAUAAACAUAAUGAGCCCACAUAAAAAUAUGUAUCUAAUUACAUAGUUAAGAUUAUUUAUAGUUUCGUAUGUACAUUUGACGAGUUAUAAGAUGGCAAGGAUCUUAGGAAUUUUAAUAGUGCUGAGUGCGCUGCUAGCUGCUGCUUGGUCAGGCGCCGUUGACAUGCACAAGUUUCCACUGGGAACUGGCAGAUCCGACAUGUCCUCGAUUAUUGAGGAAAUUAUAAACAUAUUUGUCAAGAAUAGAACUUCGCCGCUACAGGAGCGCGAUGCUCAAUUUUGGUAUAAUCUGUCGCAUGAGGAGAUGGCAACACGUUUGAAGCAGCCGCAGCCGGAUCAGCGCAAGGCCAAGAAUGUCAUUAUGUUUCUAGGCGAUGGCAUGUCGCUAACCACUAUAGCUGCUGCUCGCAUACUCCAGGGUCAGCUGAAGGGCAAUCCCGGUGAGGAAGACGCUCUCACUUUUGAGAAGUUUCCCUACACAGGACUCAGCAAGACUUACUGCACCAAUGCUCAAGUGCCGGACUCUGCCUGCACGGCUACGGCGUAUUUGUGUGGUGUGAAGACGAACAUCAUAGCUCUGGGCAUCAAUGGAGGCGUCGAAUACAACAAUUGCAGUGGCAGUGAAGAUCCUGCGAAUCAUGUUAGCUCCAUUGCUGCCUGGGCACAAGCUGCUGGCAAAUCCAGCGGCAUAGUAACAACCACCACACUUACACACGCAAGUCCUUCGGGAGCUUAUGCACAUACGACCAGUCGCUUCUUCGAGAGCGAUACAGACAUUCUAACUUACGGCGCAGGCAAAAGUCAUCCGGACAGCUGCACGGAUAUUGCCACACAACUGAUUACUCAAGCGCCUGGCAAGCACUUUGAUGUCAUGUUGGGCGGCGGCAUGGGCAAGUUUUUACCCAAACAUAUUCAGGAUCCUUUUGGCAAGGCCGGCGAACGUUCUGAUGGCGUUAAUCUGCUCUCCAAGUGGCAAGCGCUGCAUCCGGAUGGCGCUUUGGCGUACAAUCGUGCGCAGCUAUUAAGCGUUAAUGCCAGUCGCCUGGGCAAGCUGAUAGGUCUUUUUGAUUCGGGUCUAAUGGAUCUGCAUAAACAAGCUGACGCUGCUUUGACACCUACGCUCGAAGAGAUGACGCAAAAGGCCAUUGAGAUGGUCAGCAAGAAUGAUAAGGGCUACUUUUUAUUUGUUGAGGGUGGCAACAUCGAUUCGGCUAAUCAUGCAAACAUGCCGCAGUUGGCUUUGGAUGAAGUGCAUGAAAUGGCGAAGGCAGUGCAGAAAGCGCUUGACAUGACCAAUCCGGAAGAGACACUAAUUGUUGUAACUUCCGAUCAUGCGCAUCCCUUGUCCAUUUCUGGCUAUCCAGGACGUGGCAGCGACAUCUUGGGACUCAAUCCGAAUGGCGCCGAUCUGAAUGGUGUAAAAUAUGCCACACUGAACUACGCUGUGGGCAUGGAGCAGUAUUUAGAUGCGCAAGGUCAGCGCAUUGAUCUUACAGAGCAAAUUAAGAGGCCAGACUUUGUCUUUCCUAGCUAUAUUAAGGGUUAUCCUGGCGUACACUCUGGCGAUGAUGUGGGCAUCUUUGCCACAGGACCACAGUCGCAUCUGUUCACUGGAGUUAUGCAGCAGAGCACGAUACCGCAUUUGAUGGCCUAUGCAUCUUGCAUUGGCAAUGGACCCAAGCUAUGCGAUAGGUUUAAUAAGUAAUAACUUAGACUUAAAUUUGUUAAGAAAUCCAUGAAUUAGUUUAAAUUGCCUGUGGCUUG